UGUGUCGCUUGACGUCAGCCGCUCAGAUGAAGAGGAGGAGGAGGAAGUCUGUCCGAGCUGUAUCGUCUCCUGCUGCCCUCCUUUAACUGUAGCUGUCACUAGCCAUGAGGUGAAGGAGAAACAGGGGUGGUUCGAGCUUCUUAGCAGCGGGAAAAAUAGCUAUCAGUGAUGUCCAGAUUUUAAACACACACUGAACCUUCCUCCCAUCAUGGACUCCAAGAAGCCGAGCAUGCUGCAGCAUCUCCGCCAGAAGAUGCUGCCAAAACUCCGGCGGGACAAGACAAGCGCAAGCAAGGCGGUCGUCCAUCUGGAACACACCAUGGACCAGCGAUGCUCCUCCGUUCCCGACAUCAGGGACAUGAGGCAGGAGUACUUGCGAGUCCCCUCCAGCUCGCAGCUCCAGCACUACAACACUCUCAGCUACAGCAACCCCUCCACACCACUUCUCAAGUCUGCUAGAGGACCGAGAGGAGGAGGGAGUGGCCUGAACAUGGGAGUAGCAGGUGGAGGAGCUGGGAGGAGUGAACAGAGACUAAACGUGCCUGCAGACUGCACAGACUGGGCUUCCUCCCAGGAGUCUUUCAUCAGCCUCUGUCAGGAGGGGGACAGUUCCCCGGAGUCAAACUACAGUCCUGCCAGGGGCAUGGAGCCUGAGGAGCUGGACCUGCCGGAGAUGAUGACCGUCUACAGCCCAGCCCUUCCCUCUUUGGAGGUUUCCCAGGACAGCUUACAGUCUGACAUGGGCAACGAGACUCUGAGUGUGUCGGAGAACUUCAGGGAUCCUCUCAGGUCCUACCUGCUCACCAUCAACCUGAAGGAAGGACGCAACCUGGUCAUCAGAGACCGCUGUGGUACCAGCGACCCUUACGUGAAAUUCAAAUUGGACGGUAAAACGUUCUACAAAAGCAAAGUGAUUUAUAAAAACCUCAACCCCACAUGGAAUGAGUCCUUCUCUUUACCUGUGAAGGAUCUGAACCAGAGACUAUACAUCAAGGUGUACGACCGUGAUUUGACAACCGAUGACUUCAUGGGCUCUGCCAGUGUCAUCCUGAGUGAUCUGGAGACUGACAGGGUCAAUGAGCUGUCCUUGCCUUUAGACGACCCGAACAGCCUGGAGGAUGACAUGGGCGUCGUUCUGGUGGACAUGAGUCUGUCCCUCAGACAUAGAGACAGCAAAAAAGGCCCACGGUGGCCCCAAAAAAGAAAACGAAGUAUUAGGUCGGUUGGUUCUUCUCAGAGCUUUCGUCUGUCGCAGACAUUGAAGAAGAGUCAGUUGUGGAGCUCUGUUGUGUCAGUGACUCUGGUGGAAGGUCAGGAGGUGCCGCUGGACACUCAAGGGGGUCAGCUCUUUGUUCGCUUCAGACUGGGAGAGCAGAGAUACAAAAGCAAGAAUCACUGCAAAGUGGCCAACCCUCAGUGGAGAGAGAGGUUCACCCUUAGUCGGUUCUUGGACAGUCCGGACAUCCUAGAGGCGGAGCUCUUGUCCAAGGAAGGAAGAAGGAACGAGGAGUGUCUGGGAAUGUGUGAAGUGGACCUGUCCAGGGUCCCUGUCAAUCAGAGGGAGCUGUACACACUCACCCUGGACCAGGGGAGAGGACGCCUGGUCUUCCUGGUUACAAUCACCGCAUGCAGUGGUGUCUCCAUCUCUGACCUCUGCGCCGCACCGCUUGACGAAUCGCAUGAACGACAGAACCAGCUGGACAACUACAGUUUGAAAAGGUCCCUGAAAAACCUCCAUGAUGUUGGUUUCCUUCAAGUCAAAGUGAUCAAGGCCACGGAUCUGAUGGCUGCUGAUUUAAAUGGCAAGAGCGAUCCUUUCUGUGUGCUGGAACUGGGGAACAACAGGCUGCAGACCCACACAGUCUAUAAGAGCCUCAACCCAGAGUGGAAUCAAGUCUUCACAUUCCCUGUCAAAGACAUUCAUGAUGUUCUGGCGGUGACUAUCUUUGAUGAUGAUGGAGACAAGGCGCCAGACUUCCUGGGCAAAGUUGCCAUUUCCCUGCUCUCAAUCCGCAGGGGACAACAGAUUGUCUUCCCGCUGAAAAAAGAGGACUUAGGUGGCUUGUCGAAGGGGAGCAUCACUCUGGAGCUGGAGGUUAUUUUUAACCCUGUCAGAGCGAGUAUAAGAACAUUUCAACCCAGAGAGAGAAGAUUCCAGGAGGAUAAUCCCAAAUUCUCCAAAAAGGUUCUGGCCAGGAACGUGCUGCGUGUUCAGACGCUGUACAGGGCCAUCAUGUCGACUCUGCAGUACAUCAAAAGCUGCUUCCAGUGGGAGAGCGUUCAGAGGAGCCUGCUAGCCUUCCUGGUGUUUGUUGUGACAGUGUGGUACUGGGAGAUUUACAUGCUGCCCCUCUUCCUGGUCCUGCUCAUCUCAUGGAAUUACCUCCAGAUCCGCUCCGGUCGGGUCAGUCAGGACAUGGACAAUAUGGAUUUGGGGGAUGAGGAAGAGGAUGAUGAGAAGGAGUCAGAAAGGAGAGGGCUGAUAGAGAAAUUCCACAUGGUCCAAGAAACCAUCAUCACCCUUCAAAACCUGCUGGACGAGAUCGCCAGCUUUGGGGAGAGGGUUAAAAACACUUUCAACUGGUCUGUGCCGUUCCUGUCUGGCCUGGCUUUCCUGGUCUUUGUCAUUGCAACAAUCCUCACAUACUACAUACCAGCACGCUACAUAAUUUUAAUAUGGGGCAUCAAUAAAUUCACCAAGAAAUUACGGAACCCGUACAGCAUUGACAACAAUGAAGUGCUUGAUUUCCUGACGAGGGUGCCUUCAGAUGUGCAGAAGGUUCAGUACAGUGAGAUGAGAGGCAGCAAGAAGAAGAAGAUCUCGUAGACCAGAGAAGGAGGACGGUACAUAAAUGGGACCGAAUGCUGCUGUUUGUGCGCUUUCUACCCGAGAACCCCAGAUGAUGUGGACACUGCUGGAGGACUGCACAGUCUCACUUUUUGUCAGUUGUGGGGUGUGCGGUAGGUGUGAAUCUUAAUUCACUGUGGUGAUACACAGCUCGGCCCCGCUCAUAUCCACCAGCACCUAAAGACUUUCCAACCAAAGAGGUCCAUAAUGAGGACUAUGCAGAUGAAACUUUACCACAUUUUGUAACAUGUUUUAAUAAUGUGUCUGUCUGUGCAUUUCUGGACCAAUUUGUAAUAAUAUUUCUAAAGAUUGUAAGUGUUUUGUUGUAUGUACAGUUUAUUCUUUUAGAUUUUAAAUCAAAAGCUGCUUAUUUUAUACCCUUGACCCUAAGAUGUUUCCCCCUGAAAGUGUUUUACAAUUGAAACCAGCAGUUUAUAUUUUGCUAAAUGUACAUGUUUGGAACAUAACAUUUGUGUGCAUACUUUAAUAUAAUCAACGGUGGUAGAUAUGAAGACUUUUAUCCUAAAAUUGAUUAUCCUCCAUUGGAAUAAAACAAGAAAACAAUUUGCUGGGAUAAAAGUAAAUCUCAUUAUGGGUUACUUAUAAAAUUAGGAGUCAUCAUGAGAUGUUUUCUUAAAACAAUAAUUUUAAUGUCUUUUGUGGUUUUAAUGACUUUCAGGUAAUAAUUGCUUUUCCAAAAUGCACUUAAAGUGUGUUUUGAAAUUGAGUGUUUCACAUAAACAGCAACAUAUCCAAAGUUGGUAGCAAAUAUUAUGCAACAUAUUCAAAUUUUUCUUAAAAUUCCAUUUGAAAAUGGAUCAAGAGCUAUGUGCAUAUAAUAUUGACUGACUCUUUUUACUUCAGCAUGAAAAUAUGGACUUACUUUUAUAUGUAAAGAUCAGUGCCUGCAUUUAGUUCUAGACUUUCAUUCAUCCCACAUAGAAGAUGCAUUGUCCUUUAUGUUGUGUUUUACCUUUUGCUUGUGAGUGGAUCUGUUCACACUCAACUUUAUUUAUUAAUGAGAAUCACUGAUGAAGACUCUCUGUCUGUCACUUCUAACGGCAUUAAAUGCACACAAUCUCACAGUGUAGCAUCUUUUA